GGCUGUUUGUUCCUUGAUUGCCACGUCUCUUUCCAUCAAAAAAAUCAAUAGUGCUUCCAGUAGUAUUUAAGCCCCCACCAUGAACCAACCCCUCAGCUUUUGUUUUAAUUUCCCCCUUAACCACUUCAUCACUUCUCUCGUCGAUCUAGUCUAAAAGGUUUAGUAGAUGCGAUUAGCCAGGCAGCAGCAGCAGGUGGUGGUGGCUGCGACGAUGGAGCAUGACGUGCACCACCACCGGCAGAUGAUGCAGCAGCAGCAGCAGCAGGAGAUGGACCUGCCGCCGGGCUUCCGGUUCCACCCCACCGACGAGGAGCUCAUCACGCACUACCUCCUCCGCAAGGCCGCCGACCCCGCCGGGUUCGCCGCGCGCGCCGUCGGAGAGGCCGACCUCAACAAGUGCGAGCCAUGGGACCUGCCAUCGAGGGCGACGAUGGGGGAGAAGGAGUGGUACUUCUUCUGCGUGAAGGACCGGAAGUACCCGACGGGGCUGAGGACGAACAGGGCGACGGAGUCCGGGUACUGGAAGGCGACGGGGAAGGACCGGGAGAUCUUCAGGGGGAAGGCCCUCGUCGGCAUGAAGAAGACGCUCGUCUUCUACACCGGGAGGGCCCCCCGCGGCGGCAAGACCGGAUGGGUCAUGCACGAGUACCGCAUCCACGGCAAGCACGCCGCCGCCAAUUCCAAGCAGGAUCAGGAGUGGGUGCUGUGCAGGGUGUUCAAGAAGAGCCUCGAGCUGGCGCCGGCGGCGGCGGCGGCGGUCGGCAGGAGAGGCGCGGGCGCGGGGACGGACGUUGGGCCGUCGUCGAUGCCCAUGGCGGACGACGUCGUCGGCCUCGCCCCGUGCGCGCUCCCGCCGCUGAUGGACGUGUCUGGCGGCGGCGGUGGCGCCGGCACAACCUCGCUGUCAGCGACCGCGGGCGCGGCGGCGGCGCCGCCGCCAGCGCACGUGACCUGCUUCUCCAACGCGCUGGAGGGCCAGUUCCUGGACACACCGUACCUCCUCCCCGCCGCCGAUCCCGCGGAUCACCUCGCCAUGUCCUCCGCCUCGCCGUUCUUGGAGGCCCUGCAGAUGCAGUACGUCCAGGACGCCGCCGCCGCCGGAGGAGCGGGCAUGGUGCACGAGCUGCUCAUGGGCGGCGGCUGGUAUUGCAACAAGGGCGAGAGGGAGAGGCUGAGCGGCGCCUCGCAGGACACCGGCCUCACGUCGUCGGAGGUGAACCCCGGCGAGAUCUCGUCGUCGUCGCGGCAGCAACGCAUGGAUCAUCACGACGCGUCCCUCUGGGCCUAUUGAAAUAUUCAUUCAUCAUCAUUGAAAAUUGCAUUAGCCAUUAUUAUUAGUACUGUUGGCCACCGAUUAUUGAUUGUGUUGUAAUAUUGGUAUUGUUGAUUAUAAUUAAUUAGUACGCCAAAGAGACAAAUCACAAGAGAACGAAGUGUGUAUGCUGUAGAUUAAUUCCGUAUGUUUGUGAAAAUAUUCUUGAACCCAAGUGAAUGUUACUAGUGCUUUUCAGAUGCU